GCUUGAGUUAACCUGAUCUUCACUAUGCCUGAUGAGCGAUAUUAUACCCUGGCAGAAGGAUGUCCCUUCGCAAGCAGCAGCACCGCUGUUCUGAUGCGUGGCCAGCAGGGCGGUGCUCUUGGUCUGCUUUCAGACACUCAGCUCAUUGAGACUCUGGCGCAUUUCUCCCGAGAGAGAAUUCCGGAACGAGUUGUCCAUGCUAAAGCUGUUGGCGCAUAUGGAGAAUUUGAAGCUACUGCCGAUUGUUCUGAUAUCACCUCUGCAAGCUUCCUCAACAAGGCUGGCAAAAAGACACCAGUCCUCCUGCGCGUUUCUACUGUCGGUCCAGAGGCUGGCUCGGCUGAUACAACUCGAGAUGUGCAUGGAUGGGGAAUGAAGCUCUACACCGACGAAGGCAACUUGGAUUGGGUCUUCAACAAUACGCCUGUUUUCUUCAUUCGGGAUCCCAUCAAGUUUCCUUCUAUGAAUCGCUCGCACAAGAGACACCCGCAGACUCAUCUUCCUGACGCGAACAUGUUCUGGGAUUUCCAUGUGGGUAAUCCGGAAGGUAUUCAUCAGCUGCUGCAUCUCUUCAGUGAUCGUGGAACCCCUCGGUCCAUUCGUUUCCUGAACUCCUACAGUGGACAUACCUACAAGUUCACCAAAGAAGAUGGCUCAUUCAAGUACAUCAAAAUCCAUAUCAAAACUGAGCAGGGAGUCAAGAACUUCACUGCCGAGGAGGCUACCCGCAUUGCAGGCGAAGACCCAGACUACAUGAUCCGAGACAUGUUCGAGGCCAUUGACCGCGGGGACUACCCCAAGUGGAAGGUCUACGUUCAAGUCAUGGACCCAGCCGACGCUGAGAAGUACCGGUGGAACAUUUUCGACAUGACCAAAGUCUGGCCGCAUCAGGACUAUCCAUUGAGACAGAUUGGCGUGCUGACCCUGAACCGUAAUCCCAGCAAUUAUUUCGCCGACAUCGAGCAGGCCGCUUUCUCCCCGUCCACCAUGGUGCCGGGCUUUGCAGCAUCCGCCGAUCCAGUGCUCCAAGCAAGACUAUUCGCCUACCCCGACGCUGCCCGCUACCGCCUCGGCGUGAACUACCAACAGCUCCCGACUAACGCGGCCAAGGUCCCCGUGUACUGCCCAUUCCAGAGAGAUGGCAAGAUGAGAUUCGAUGGUAACUACGGCGGAGACCCUAACUACGUCAAUUCCAGUCUCAAGCCUACCAAAUUCUAUCCCGAAGUCAAGGGAAUCAAGCCCCAGGCAGUCAGCCUGCACACGGAGCACGAAAAGUGGGUUGGAGAGGUCACCACUUACACCAGUCACAUCACGGACGAGGACUUUAUUCAGCCUGCCGCUCUAUGGAAAGUCCUUGGCCGGGAACCUGGACACCAAGAUCGGACCAUUGCAAAUAUUGUGUCUAGCCUGAAGGGAGUUAAAACGGCUAGCCUGAGAAAUGCCGUAUAUGAUCUUUUCUCUCGUGUCGAUAAAGAGCUUGGCAGCAAACUCAAAGAGGCUACUGAAGCUGCGAUCAAGAAAUGAGAAUUGGGCGCGUUCGCUUUGCAACGUUGGAAACUCGGGACCUAGAGUCAGGUUCAUAUUUCGUUAUCUAACUCUGUGACUGUUCGUUCACUGUUUGUUCACUGUUUUUACCAUCAAUCACGCAGGUAUAUUAACUCAAUCCUGUCUAUUCGAAAAUUGUUACUUCCUCAGUUGGUUGUCUACAAAUUGGGUAGAAAUGGUCGAACUACAAUCAAUGCCCCUGAAAGUUGUCCUGGUCUUGUAUCUUGAAUAAGUUGAAAAUCUUGCUACGCUGAUCUCGUUACGCGCACGACAAAUUAGA